AUGAACGGAUAUAUGUAUGAACAGGGUAAAACGAAUAUCGAAGGCUUGUUCACCAUGUUAGAAGGGUGGAACGAAUCGGUAUCUAUUCUUGCAAUUAAGCGACUUUUAUCAUGCGUUGACGAGAACUGGCCUGAUAUCACUCAACAUUUGGAGUUUCUCAUCAAUACACCGAGCGAUAUAUCGAAGGAACUUUCCUGCUACUGCUAUUUCCAUAUGCAAGACUUUUACAAAGCCCUGGACUACGCACUUCAGUCCGGUCCACUGUUCGAUCUAAACGAAGAUUCGUACUUUGUCAAAGCGAUGAUCAACACAUGCAUCGACGGAUAUAAGGAGGCUUGCAACAAGAAAGUUCCGGAAUCCGAGAUUCCGGAUUCUAUUCGUCAAAUUGUGAAUUUCAUAUUCUCCCAAUCCCUCAACGCCCGCAACGUUUCCAACCUCGUGGGCAUUAGUGUGGAAUGCCGUCGUCUGGACCUUCUGGAGGCCUCGCUUCGUCGCACCGCGAAUUCCAUCGAGGCGGUCCACACGCUUCUCGAUCUCGUUUCGACAUACAACUACCCUCCCGACAUCGAAGCCAGCCUCUACUCGCUCUCCCGCCGCCUUCUCGAGGAGCAGAGCGACUGGUUCGGCGUGUUCCAAUGCCUGCUUCUCCAGCGCGACUUCCACAGCCUGCACUCCUUCCUCUCCUCGCUCGCCCAAUCCGAUCUCGCCGCUGCCUGCCAGAUCUGCUUCCUCCUCUACGAGCUGAACGACCCCUCGCUUCUCCGCCUGAUCCUUCGCGACCUGGCUUCGCACGACGACCCGUCGAAGCCCCUGGCUCCGAUCCUCGCUCCCAUUCUGGGAGGCGAAGUCUCCAACCGACUCAUCCACCAGCUCGUCGUGCGUCUGAACCAUCACGACAGUCGGCUCUUCGAGGACUACGUCCGUCUCGUCCACUACGCGGAUACCAACGUGCAGCAUGCCAUGAUGGUGGCGCACGGAAUGGCCAACAUCGGAGGCACCGACGAGUUCGUCAUGAACCACAUCAGCUGGCUGAAGGAAGCCGAGAACUGGACCAAGUUCGGCAUUAUCUCGUCCUUUGCGCUAUCCCACGUUUUUGACCCCGAGAAGGCGCAGGAGCAUCUCAGAAACUACCUCACCAGCGAGAAGGAAGAGGAGCUGGGCGGUGGCUAUUACGGCUUCUCCAUUCUGAUGAUGGGCGAAGGCGAGGGCGUGGCUCCAGAGAUCUGCACGCGGAUGCACCAGGCACUGGAGACGCAUCCCAACAAAGAGAUGGUCGUCCAUGCCAGCGCGUUGGGCCUCGGACUCAUCGAUUUCGGAUCCAUGGAUCCCGAGCUCACCGACCUGCUCCUCAAUCUCCUCGCGGAAAAGCCGUUCGAAGGGUUCGCCGCGGGAGUGGCUCUGGGCCUGGUGAACUGUGGCAGCGAGAAUAGUAUUUCGCAAGUGGAGUCGCUGAUCCUGGACGUGCUGGUCCCCAUCAUCACGAGCACGUCGCACGACCGAAUCGCCGUGGGCGUGGCGAUCGGCAUGGCUCUGAUGUUCCUGCAGACCGGCGACCAGGGCGAAUCGAUCCUGCAGAUGCUCCGAACCCACAGCAACGCCUAUCUCCGCAUGAGCGGCGCGCUGGGCACCGGAUUGGCGCACGCUGCGCACCACACGCAUCACGACGCCGUGGCCACGUGGACUGCAAUCGCGGGGAAUCACGCGUAG